AUGAUAAGGAGAGGCUUCCAGGCAGUAAUAAGACUUGGCCACCACAGAGUCCUUCCUGGAGCCCCCCACGUCCUGCCCAGACUCAACCGCACCUCAGCGUUUGGAUCCUCCACAGACUCCCUGGUUUCAAGAUUCUGCCUGGAGAAGACGGAUUUGAAGGAUUAUGCCCUUCCCAAUGCCAGCUGGUGUCCAGACAUGCUGAACUUGUACCAGGAAUUUCUGGAGAAGACCAAGACUGAUGGCUGGAUCAAACUACCCUCCUUCAAGUCCAACAGAGACCACAUCCAGGGGCUCAAGCUCCCAUUCGGGUUAGCAGCUACCUCAGACAAAAGCGACUGGCGCAUCUUUACCAGGUGCCUCCAAGUGGAAGGACAAGGCUACGAGUAUGUCAUUUUUUUCCACCCGUCCAAGAAGAAGUCCAUCUGUCUUUUCCAACCUGGCCCCUACCUGGAGGGGGCCCCAGGGUUUGCACAUGGAGGGUCCCUGGCCGCCAUGAUGGAUGAGACCUUCUCUAAAACUGCUUACCUGGCUGGAGAGGGGCUGUUCACACUAAGCCUCAACAUCAGGUUCAAAAAUUUGAUCCCUGUGGGCUCUCUGGCUGUGCUGAAUGUUGACGUGGAAAAGAUCGAGGACCAGAAGCUUUACAUGUCCUGCAUCGCCCAGAGUAGGGACCAGCAGAGAGUCUAUGCCAAGUCCUCAGGUGUUUUCCUUCAGCUGCAGCUGGAAGAGGAAUUGUCCCAGUGA